UCUGAUUAAAGAAUCUCCUCACCUCCCCUCCCCUUCUCUCCCCUCCAUUAAAAUUUCUCCCCUCAGCUCCCUUCAUUUGAACCAAACACACCCUAAGCGAUAAAAUUCUUUGAAAGUUUGGCCUACAAAGCGAGUAAGCAAGCAGCGUGGUCAAUGGCAUAAUUGAAACCAAAGAAAACCACAAGGCAAGACGAUAAAGAGCAUAGAGAGAAAGUAAAAUGGAAAAAUCAUGGAUUGCGGCGAUGUAUUUGGUCCUGGCUACGAUUUGCAGCACAACUGCUACUAACGAAUCGCCACCAUACACCGUCGUUCACACCGCGUCCGAUUUCGAGAUCAGACUCUACCAAACAUCCGUCUGGAUGUCCGCUCCCGCCCUAAACAUCAUCUCCUUCGAGAAAGCCACGUGGAACGGCUUCCACAGACUGUUCCAGUUCAUCCAAGGCGCCAAUCUCAAUUUCUCUCGAAUUCCGAUGACCGCUCCAGUAUUAACAACCAUGGUCCCCGGGGCCGGUCCUCUCGAAUCACAAGGCUACUAUAUUAGUUUCUAUUUGCCGCUGAAAUUCCAAGCUGAUCCACCGCUUCCACUUCCGGAACUCAAUAUCAAACCCUAUAAGUUUGAUACCCACUGCGUUGCUGUGAGAAGAUUCUCUGGAUUUGCGAAGGAUGAGAGGAUUGUUAAAGAAGCGGAGAAGCUGGAUUCGAGUUUGAGUAGGUCGCCAUGGGGGGAGUUGAAGAGUCAGCGCGGUUACUCGAUUGCGCAGUAUAAUUCUCCUUUAAAGAUUGCUAGACGGAGGAAUGAGGUUUGGGCGGAUGUUCAUGCUCCUGAACUGGGAUGCAACUUAGUUGGUGUUGCAGCAUAUUGAUCAUUGAUGUUCUGUUUUCAUAUGCUUAAAUGUUGAAUAUCAUUGUUCCGACUUUUCUGAAACAUGUAUAUGAAUUUGAUGUA